AUGAGGCCCUUACAGUUUUUGCGCAGGGGUUUCCUUGCUAUGCUUCCAUCCAAGAGGUCAGCGGGCGCCGACGGCGGCGAGUCCAAAAGGGCUAAGCUGGGGGAAUCGCCAUCCGCCGCCGCCGCCGGCGUGGGGACGGCCAGUAACGGCACCCGUAAUGGGGCGGCGCCGGAGAUCGACGAGGACCUGCACAGCAGACAGCUCGCCGUGUACGGCAGGGAGACAAUGCGCCGCCUCUUCGCCGCCGAUGUCCUCGUCUCUGGCCUCAAUGGCCUUGGCGCUGAGAUUGCAAAAAAUCUUGCUCUUGCUGGAGUCAAAUCUAUCACCAUACAUGAUGUCAAAAUGGUGGGAAUGUGGGACUUGUCUGGCAAUUUCUUCUUAUCAGAGCAAGACGUCGGAAAGAACAGGGCUGUAGCUUGUGUGUCAAAGCUGCAAGAGCUGAAUAACGCUGUUCUGGUCUCUGCUCUAACAGAGGAAUUGACUACAGAGCACUUGUCUAAGUUCCAGGCUGUUGUUUUCACUGAUAUAAGUUUGGAGAAGGCUUAUGAAUUUGAUGACUAUUGUCACAGCCACCAGCCCCCAAUCUCUUUUAUCAAAGCUGAAGUCUGUGGCCUUUUCGGUAGUGUCUUCUGUGAUUUUGGACAUGAGUUUACUGUCCUUGAUGUUGAUGGUGAAGAUCCACAUACUGGUAUAAUUGCAUCCAUCACUAAUGACAGUCCUGCAAUGGUAUCCUGUGUCGAUGAUGAGAGGCUUGAGUUUCAGGAUGGUGAUCUUGUUGUUUUCUCUGAGGUCCAAGGCAUGGCAGAAUUGAAUGAUGGAAAACCAAGGAAGGUAAAAAAUGCUAGGCCGUUUUCAUUUAGCAUUGAGGAGGACACAAGUAGCUAUGGUGUUUAUACAAAAGGUGGUAUCGUUACACAAGUGAAGGAACCAAAGGUUCUACGUUUCAAGGCACUAAGAGAUGCAAUGAGAGAUCCUGGCGAUUUCCUUCUGAGCGACUUUUCAAAGUUUGAACGCUCACCUGUGCUUCAUCUAGCCUUUCAAGCUCUGGAUAAAUUUAAGAAGGAACAUGGGCGCUAUCCUACCGCUGGCUGUGAGCAGGAUGCUCAAACUUUCCUGAAGUUUGCUGCUGAUAUUAGUGAAGCAUCUGUUAGUCCUAAGCUGGAAAACAUUGAUGAAAAGUUGCUCCGUCAUUUUGCAAGUGGUUCUCGAGCUGUUUUGAACCCAAUGGCUGCAAUGUUUGGUGGUAUUGUUGGUCAAGAAGUUGUGAAGGCAUGUUCAGGGAAAUUCCAUCCGCUUUACCAGUUCUUCUACUUUGAUUCUGUUGAAUCUCUCCCUACAUAUCAGUUGGAUCCCCAAGAUUUGAAGCCUUCAAAUAGCCGCUAUGAUGCUCAGAUUUCUGUAUUUGGUUCCAAGCUUCAGAAGAAGAUGCUAGAUGCAAAUAUUUUCAUUGUGGGUUCUGGCGCUCUUGGAUGUGAGUUCUUGAAGAACCUUGCCUUAAUGGGUGUCUCUUGCAGCUCAAAGGGAAAGCUAACUAUAACAGAUGACGAUGUCAUUGAGAAAAGCAAUCUGAGUCGCCAAUUUCUGUUCCGUGACUGGAACAUUGGGCAAGCAAAGUCUACUGUAGCUGCAGCCGCCGCCAUUGCCAUCAACCCCAGCCUCCAAAUUGACGCUCUUCAGAACCGUGCCUCUCCUGAUACCGAAAAUGUGUUCCAUGACACAUUCUGGGAUGGACUGGAUAUUGUCAUCAAUGCCCUUGAUAAUGUUAAUGCUAGGAUGUAUAUGGACAUGAGGUGCCUGUACUUCCAGAAGCCACUACUGGAGUCAGGGACAUUGGGCGCAAAGUGCAAUACGCAAAUGGUCAUUCCUCACCUUACUGAAAAUUAUGGAGCUUCAAGAGACCCACCUGAGAAGCAGGCACCCAUGUGCACAGUCCAUUCUUUUCCACACAAUAUUGAUCAUUGCUUGACAUGGGCCCGUUCAGAGUUCGAGGGUUUGCUAGAGAAAACACCAAAUGAAGUAAAUUCUUUUCUGUCUAAUCCUGCUCAAUAUGCUGCUGCCAUGAGGAAGGCAGGUGAUGCCCAAGCAAGGGAAUUACUUGAACGCGUCUCUGAAUGUCUUGACAAGGAGCGAUGCAAUACAUUUGAGGACUGCAUAACUUGGGCCCGAUUGAGAUUUGAGGAUUAUUUCUCAAACCGCGUGAAGCAGCUUACAUUCACUUUUCCUGAAGACGCUGCUACUAGCACAGGCACUCCUUUCUGGUCCGCCCCAAAGCGCUUUCCCCGCCCUCUGCAAUUUUCAGCCACUGAUUCAUCUCACAUCAACUUCAUCAUGGCUGCUUCAAUACUGAGAGCAGAGUCAUUUGGGAUUGCUAUACCUGACUGGGCAAAGAACACGAGUAAGCUGGCUGAUGCGGUCAAUAAGGUUGCUGUUCCUAAAUUUGAGCCAAAGAAAGGGGUGAAUAUUGUGACAGAUGAGAAGUCUACUAACCUUUCUAGUGCCUCAGUUGAUGAUGUUGCUGUUAUUAAUGAUCUUUUGACCAAGUUGGAAGAAUAUGCCAAGGGCUUGCCUCCAGGAUUCCAAAUGAAACCUAUCCAAUUUGAGAAGGAUGAUGACACUAAUUUUCACAUGGAUUUAAUAGCUGGGCUUGCAAAUAUGCGCGCAAGGAACUACAGCAUUCCUGAGGUUGACAAGUUGAAGGCUAAGUUCAUCGCUGGAAGGAUCAUCCCGGCCAUCGCAACUUCAACAGCCAUGGCCACAGGUCUCGUGUGCCUGGAGCUAUACAAGGUCAUUGCUGGGGAGCACCCCAUCGAGGACUACCGCAACACAUUUGCCAACCUAGCUCUACCGCUGUUCUCCAUGGCCGAACCAGUUCCGGCAAAGGUUAUGAAGCAUCAAGAUCUGAGCUGGACCGUAUGGGACCGCUGGACUAUCAAGGGCAACUUGACUAUCGCUGAACUCCUGCAGUGGUUCAGUGACAAGGGCCUCAGCGCUUACAGCAUGUCCUGCGGCACUUCUCUGCUGUACAACAGCAUGUUCCCGAGGCACAAGGAGAGGCUGCAGAAGAAGGCUGUUGAUGUCGCCAGGGAGGUGGCAAAGGUGGAGGUUCCUGAAUACCGGAAGCACAUAGAUGUCGUGGUAGCAUGCGAGGAUGAUGAUGGGAAUGACAUUGACAUUCCUCUCGUCUCAGUUUACUUCCGCUAG